AUUGUUAAGUAUUUGAACAGCAAGGGAAACAGGAAGCAAUGAGAAACAAAAUCACCCUCCAGCUCUGAGUCACAGGACCAUCUCCUCUGGAAGGCCAUGUCAGCUGCAGCCCAGGGUUUGCAUUUUAAAACUCUUUCCAUCUAGGCCAGGAGUUGUGUCUCACGUCUGCAAUCACAGCACUUCGCUAGGCUGAGGCGGGAGGAUCACUUAAGGAAGCUAAUUGGGGCAUAUGGAGCCUCUUUGACUAAGUAGCAAGGAACGGGAAAUGCACUCUGGUUUCAUCUUGGCUUCUAGUUUGUGUGUUCAGACCCAGGGAACUAAGGGUCUGAAUAAAACCUGUUGGAGGUUGCAAUUAAAUCUUUGUGGACAAAGGGAACACACACGCGCAUGUACACAGCAUCCUCAGAUAACAGGAGGCAAUAAAUCCAUCAGCACAUCCGCAUUCAGAGAACGGCAUCCCUGCUGUCUUGCUAACAGCUGCCAGUACCUCCCUGAGUGCCUCUCACCGAGAUGGGCUCUAAGACUCCCUCCCCUCUUCUGUAAAGGCUGCAGGAGACCUGUAGCUGUCACAGGACCUUCCCUAAGAGCCUGCAGGGAAGACUGCCCCAGCCCGGCCCUCGUCAUGCUCCGGACUGUUCUGGAUGCUUCCCAGGGGUUGCUGAAGGAGGGGAGAGAGUCUCGGCAGCUGGUCCUGGUGGUGGUAUUUGUUGCUCUGCUCCUGGACAACAUGCUGCUUACUGUGGUGGUGCCAAUUGUGCCAACCUUCCUAUAUGCCAUGGAGUUCAAAGAAGUCAACUCUUCUCUGCACCUCAGUCAUGCCAGAAGUUCCCUGCAUGCCCUCACCUCUCCUGCCUUUUCCACCAUCUUCUCCUUCUUUGACAACAACACCAUGGCUGUUGAAGAGAGCAUGCCCAAUGGCACAGCAUGGGUGAAUGGCACUGCUAGCACCGUUCCGCCUCCAGCCACUGAAGCCAUCUCAGCUCAUAAAAACAACUGCUUGCAAGGCACAGAAUUCCUGGAGGAAGAGAAUACCAGGGUCGGGGUUCUGUUUGCUUCAAAGGCUGUGAUGCAACUUCUGGUCAACCCAUUCGUGGGCCCUCUCACCAACAGGAUUGGAUAUCAUAUCCCCAUGUUUGCUGGCUUUGUUAUCAUGUUUCUCUCCACAGUUAUGUUUGCUUUUUCUGGAACCUAUACUCUACUCUUCAUGGCUCGAACCCUUCAAGGCAUUGGAUCUUCUUUUUCAUCUGUUGCAGGUCUUGGGAUGCUGGCCAGUGUCUACACCGACGACUAUGAGAGAGGACGGGCCAUGGGAAUCGCGCUGGGGGGCCUGGCCCUGGGGGUACUGGUAGGAGCACCCUUUGGAAGUGUAAUGUAUGAGUUUGUUGGGAAGUCUGCGCCGUUCCUCAUCCUGGCCUUCCUGGCACUACUGGAUGGAGCACUCCAGCUUUGCAUCCUACAGCCUUCUAAAGUCUCUCCUGAGAGUGCCAAGGGGACUCCACUCUUUACGCUUCUCAAAGACCCUUACAUCCUGGUGGCUGCAGGGUCCAUAUGCUUUGCCAACAUGGGAGUUGCCAUCCUGGAGCCCACACUGCCCAUCUGGAUGAUGCAGACCAUGUGCUCCCCCAAGUGGCAGCUGGGUCUAGCUUUCUUGCCAGCCAGUGUGUCCUACCUCAUCGGCACCAACCUCUUUGGUGUGUUGGCCAACAGGAUGGGUCGGUGGCUGUGUUCCCUAAUCGGGAUGCUGGUAGUGGGUACCAGCUUGCUUUGUGUUCCUCUGGCUCACAACAUCUUUGGUCUCAUUGGACCCAAUGCAGGGCUUGGCCUUGCCAUAGGCAUGGUGGAUUCCUCUAUGAUGCCCAUCAUGGGACACCUGGUGGACCUACGCCACACCUCGGUGUAUGGGAGUGUCUACGCCAUCGCUGAUGUGGCUUUUUGCAUGGGCUUUGCUGUAGGUCCAUCCAUUGGGGGUGCCAUUGUGAGGACCAUUGGUUUCCCCUGGCUCAUGGUCAUCAUUGGGGUCGUCAACAUCAUCUAUGCUCCACUCUGCUACUACCUGCGGAGCCCCCCAGCCAAGGAGGAGAAGCUUGCUAUUCUGAGUCAGGAGUGCCCCAUGGAGACCCGGAUGUAUGCAACCCAGAAGCCCAUGAAGGAAUUUCCCCUGGGGGAGGACAGUGAUGAAGAGACUGACCAUGAAGAGUAGCUGCAGAAGGUGCUCCCUGAAUUUUAUGAUGCCUCAGUGACCACGUCUUUUGCUGGGACCAGAUCACCAUGGCUGAGCCCAGGGCUCAGUGGGCUUCACAUCCCUCUCCCCGGGUAUUUCUUUCUUCCCAUGGACACUGUCCCCGAUGCUCUCUCACCUGUGUAACCCGUAGCUCUCCCUCUAUGGCUCAGUGGCGCAUCUUUUGUGGAAGGACAGAGUGAUGCACCCUCCCAGGCUGCUGUGAGGUUGAUUAAACUUGAGCUGUGACGCAUUC